GAAUUAUUUAUCAGCAGCUCCAGUUUGCAGUGCACCCUCAGAUGUACAGACAACUGUCACUGGAUUAGUUUGGUACUGACGAAAACUUAUGGGCAUUUACCCCUGAUCAAAGGGAUUCGUCCACAACACUCACCACAGCUGAACUUGGACCUGAUUGGCUCCAUAAAGAAUUACUGAAAUCUGUCCAACCAACCAGAAGGCCUCAUUCAGCCGAGGGUCACAGUGGAACACACGGGACACCAAACCCAGCCGGACUCCGACCCAACGCCUUCGCCUGUCUACUGGUUUUACUCCUCGUCUGUAGGGAGACGACAUGAAGCGCUGCCUUGGAUUAUUCCUGCUGGUUUGUUGUGGGAUGCUCAGUGUAGGUUCUGGACUUCGCUGCUACAAGUGCGCUGAUUACACAGGACGCUGUCAGAACGUGCAGGAGUGCACGUAUGAAGACUCCUGUAUAUCUCUGAGUGAGAGAGGUGGAAAGACCAUCCGUCAGUGUAUCAGGUACACAGACUGCGACAACUCUCGUCUCUCCCAGAUGUUUCCGGCGAUCUCCGGCUUCACCUACCGCUGCUGCAGCAGCAACCUGUGUAAUUCCGGCAGCACUGUUACCACGGCAACGCCAGCCUUGGCUCUGGGUCUGGCUCUGGCGGGGUCCCUGCUGAGCGUUUGGUGGUGUUGGAUCUAAAAUAACUGCAGGUUUUAACAGUUCAGUGUUUCAGGAUGUAAUGACUGAAGUUUUAUAAAGUUAACACAAACUAAAUGUGUUGUUGAUUGUUUGUUUCUAGUCGCCUGUGACACUUACAGGUUCUCAGGUCAAUAAAGAAUGACUUUUUAAUUUUGUACUUUUUAACAGUUUAACAAUAAAUACAAGAAAAAAAAGUCUUAAAA